AUGGAAGCGACAUGGAUGCUCGACUCAAAAACUGGUCUUGUACUGUUGACGCUCAGUCUCGCCGUCCUGUACCAUGUCUGCUGGCAUCACAAUCGUCGCCUGCCCCCGGGCCCGUGGCCGUUCCCUCUUGUCGGCAAUAUCAGUGACCUGCCGCCACCAGGAGAGGCAGAAUACCUCCACUGGCUCAAGCACAAGGACAUGUACGGCCCGUUGAGCUCAGUCACUGUCCUCGGCCAGCCGCUGGUCAUACUUCACGACAGAAAAGCGGCAGAGGUUCUGCUUGAGAAGACCUCCUUGAAAACGUCCGGAAGACCGCACCAGCCCUUCGCCAAGGAGUGUGGGUUCAAUGAGAUGCUGCCCGGAAGGCAAUACAAUGCGGAGUCCAAACGGCACCGAAAGUUCAUGCAUCAGCAGCUCGGCACCAAGAAGGCGACGCAGGCCUUUAGCGACGUACAAGACGUCGAAUCCAAGCGUUUGCUACUACAAAUCUUAGCCAAGCCAAAAAACCUCCGCGACCAUUACAAGAAAGAGACAAGCGCCAUCAUCUUGAGAAUCACCUACGGUUAUGCUGUAGAGUCGCAUUCGGCCGAUCCCCUUGUCAAGCUAGUGGAGGAAAUGAUGGACAACUUCUCCAGCGCAUUCGUUCCCCUCGCGUGGAUGGUCGACAUCGUCCCGCAGCUGCGAUAUCUCCCCGAAGGCUUCCCGGGGGCAAGCUUCAAGAAGACGGCGCGGGAGUGGUACGAAGUUACAAGAAAAGUCUACGACGCCCCCUUUUCCUUCGUCCAGGAACUCAUGGCCGCCGGCACCAACCGACCCUCGUUCGUCUCAUCGCUCAUCGAGCGGCUUCGCCAUGGUAGUGAAGACGGCGAGCUGUGCAAAGAAGACGAGGAGGCGAUUAAGCAGUCAGCAGCAAUCUUGUAUGGCGGUGGCGCCGAUACCACCAUCUCGUCUCUAACCAGCUUCACGUUGGCCAUGCUGCUGUUCCCGGAAGUGCAGCGCAAGGCCCAGAGGGAGAUUGACAAUGUCGUCGGCUCGUCUUGGCUGCCCAGCUUUGAAGAUCGCGAUCAACUGCCGUACAUCAAUGCGAUUGUCAAAGAGACUCUCCGGUGGUUCCCGGUCGUGCCAAUCGGUACCGCGCAUGCGACCGACGAUGAAGUCUUAUACGAAAGCUUCCGUAUUCCUAAAGGAGCGUACCUUCUUCCUUCACUCUGGUGGUUCCUCCAUGACCCCGACACAUACGCAGACCCAUCCGUCUUCGACCCAGAGAGAUUCCUACCUCCCCGCAACGAGUCUGACCCGUCGAAUCAUGUCUUUGGCUUUGGGCGUCGCAUCUGUCCAGGCCGAUUCCUCAGCCAGGAGACACUCUUCAUCACGAUUGCUCGCAUCCUGGCCACAUUCAACAUACGAAGGGAGACGGACGGUGAGGGCCGAGAGCUCGAGGUGGAGGUGCGCCCUACCGCCGGGUUGAUCAGCGCCCCUGCCCCGUUUCCCUAUCUCAUUGAGCCGAGAAGCGAAAAACAUGAGGCAUUGGUUCGGGCGCUUGAGGACGGCCAGAUCUGGGAGUCCAGCGAUGCUGCCUUUCUGAAACUUCAAUAG